AUGAACCCCAGCGCCUCCAGCUACCCCAUGGCUUCGCUCUAUGUGGGGGACCUGCACCCCGACGUGACCGAGGCGAUGCUCUAUGAGAAGUUCAGCCCGGCCGGGCCCAUCCUCUCCAUCCGGGUCUGCAGGGACACGAUCACCCGCCGCUCCCUGGGCUACGCGUAUGUGAACUUCCAGCAGCCUGCGGACACCGAGCGUGCUUUGGACACCAUGAAUUUUGAUGUUAUAAAGGGCAAGCCAGUACGCAUCAUGUGGUCUCAACGCGAUCCAUCCCUUCGCAAAAGUGGAGUGGGCAACAUAUUCAUUAAAAAUUUGGACAAAUCCAUCGAUAAUAGAGCACUGUAUGACACAUUUUCUGCUUUCGGUAACAUCCUUUCAUGUAAGGUGGUUUGCGAUCAAAAUGGCUCCAAGGGUUAUGGAUUUGUACAUUUUGAGACACAGGAAGCAGCUGAAGGAGCUAUUGAAAAAAUGAAUGGGAUGCUUCUAAAUGAUCGCAAAGUAUUUGUUGGACGAUUUAAGUCUCGUAAGGAACGAGAAGCUGAACUUGGAGCUAGGGCAAAAGAGUUCACCAAUGUUUACAUCAAGAAUUUUGGAGAAGACAUGGAUGAUGAGCGCCUUAAGGAUCUCUUUGGCAAGUUUGGACCUGCCUUAAGUGUGAAAGUGAUGACGGAUGAAAGGGGAAAAUCCAAAGGUUUUGGAUUUGUAAGCUUCCAAAGGCACGAAGAUGCUCAGAAGGCUGUGGCUGAGAUGAAUGGAAAGGAGCUCAAUGGAAAAAAAAUUUGUGUUGGCCGAGCUCAGAAAAAAGUGGAACGGCAGACAGAGCUUAAGCGCAAAUUUGAACAGGUGAAGCAGGAUAGAGUCACCAGAUACCAGGGUGUUAACCUUUAUGUGAAAAAUCUUGAUGAUGGCAUUGAUGAUGAACGUCUUCGAAAAGAGUUUUCUCCGUUUGGUACAAUCACUAGCGCAAAGGUUAUGAUGGAGGGUGGUCGCAGCAAAGGGUUUGGUUUUGUCUGUUUCUCCUCCCCAGAAGAAGCCACUAAAGCAGUUACAGAAAUGAACGGUAAAAUUGUGGCCACCAAGCCACUGUAUGUAGCUUUAGCUCAGCGCAAAGAAGAGCGCCAGGCUCACCUGACCAACCAGUACAUGCAGAGAACGACAAAUGUGCGAGCCGUGCCCAACCCCGUUAUCAACACCUACCAGGCAGCAGCACCUCCUUCGGGGUACUUCAUGACAGCUAUCCCACAGACUCAGAACCGUGCUGCAUACCAUCCUCCUAGCCAAAUCGCUCAACUAAGACCAAGUGCGCGCUGGACUGCUCAGGGUGCCAGAGCUCAUGCAUUCCAAAAUAUGCCCAGUGCUAUCCGCCCAGCCGCUCCUAGACCGCCAUUUAGUACGAUGAGACCAGCUUCUUCCCAGGUCUCACGAGUCAUGUCCACGCAACGCGUUGCUAACACAUCAGCACAAACAAUGGGUCCACGUCCUGCAGCUGCGGCGGCCGCCGCCGCGACUCCUGCUGUCCGCACCGUUCCACAGUAUAAGUACGCCGCAGGCGUGCGCAACCCUCAGCAGCAUCUGAACGCACAGCCACAGGUGACCAUGCAGCAGCCUGCUGUUCAUGUACAAGGUCAGGAGCCUUUGACUGCUUCUAUGUUGGCAUCUGCCCCUCCUCAGGAGCAAAAGCAAAUGUUGGGUGAACGGCUCUUUCCUCUCAUUCAGGCCAUGCACCCUACUCUUGCUGGUAAAAUCACUGGCAUGUUGUUGGAGAUUGAUAUUUCAGAACUUCUUCAUAUGCUUGAGUCUCCGGAGUCUCUUUGUUCUAAAGUUGAUGAAGCUGUAGCCGUACUACAAGCCCACCAAGCUAAAGAGGCUGCCCAGAAAGUCGUGAACAGUGCCACCGGUGUUCCAACUAUUUAAAAUUGAUCAGGGACCACAGAAAGAAACCCGUGCUUCAUCGAAGAAAAAUAUCUAAACAUUGAAAAACUUAAAUAUUAUGA